AUGGACCAGCCGGACGGAUACCUGGAUGCAACACAGCCGGACUAUGUGUGCAAGCUAAAGAGAUCACUCUACGGCUUGAAGCAAUCGCCUCGCAUGUGGAACCAAACAAUCGAUGGGUUCAUGAUCAAGAUGGGAUUCAAGAAGUGCGAAUCGGACCACUGCAUCUACAUCAAGCGAGACGACCAAGACAUGAUUCUCGUGGUGCUCUACGUCGAUGAUCUCAUCCUGGCCAGCAGCAACAACGAACUCCUCAAGUCAACCAAGAUGGCGCUGAGCAAACGCUUCGAAAUGACGGAUCUCGGUGAGCUCGAUUACUUUCUCGGCAUGGAGAUCAAGAACGACCGUAAGACGGGAAUGGUGACUGUACAACAAACCAAGUUCCUCAAGUCCGUGUUAACCAAGUUCGGAAUGGAUAACAGCAAGCCAGUGAAGACGCCUCAAGAUCCCGGCCUGAAGCUAACCAAGAACAUGUGUGAACAAGAAUGCAAGCACGAAGACACCAUGUGCAACGUGCCAUAUCGAAGUGCUGUCGGAGGCAUCAUGUAUCUCAUGGUCGCCACACGUCCGGAUCUAGCUGCUGCAGUGGGAUCAUUAUCCCAGUUCUCGUCCGACCCAUGCCCGACUCACUGGCAAGCUUUGAAGCGUGUGCUGAGAUACCUGCAAGCAACGCCCAAUCAUGGUCUUGAGUUUACACGUGAAGAAGGAAGCCGUAUCUGCGGGUACACCGACGCAGACUGGGCCGGCGACAUUGAGUCAAGACGAAGUACAAGCGGCUAUGUGUUCAUGAUGAGCGGAGGAUGCAUCAGCUGGAAAAGCCAGAAACAACGGACGGUCGCGCUAUCUUCAACAGAAGCAGAAUACAUGGCGCUUUCCGAAGCAACCAAAGAAGCAGUAUGGCUCAAAGUGCUUUUGGGGGAACUUGGUGAGAUGACAAGCGACGAAGCGAUCAAGAUGUAUGAAGACAACCAAGGAUCAAUCGCUCUCGCCAAGAACCCGGAGUUCCAUAAGAGAACAAAACACAUCGACAUACGCUACCAUUUUGUGCGUGAGAAGGUGGAAUCAGGUGAAGUCGUUUUGGAGUAUUGCCCGACUCAAGAUAUGCUGGCAGACAUGAUGACCAAGCCGAUCGCCGCUGUACAAUUUGAAAACAUUCGCGAUCGACUUGGGAUCCACAGUGCCGCAGCUAACGAGUCGAGAGGGAGUGUUGAAAAGACAGCGGCUGUGAAGAAGACACCUCGUCAAGCUGCGUCAAGUGUUGAAGCAAGUGGAAGACCAAGCUUCGCUAUACCGGUGGGUACCGGUAUGUACCAGUAA